CUAAACUGCCAUUAAAACCUGAAUUCUUCUGGGAGGGAAACUCUCUUUUCUCUGCUAGAGGGUGAAGCGCGAAGCCGGACGUUGCCCAGUUGCUGCCAGGAGCCAUGGUCUUCCUCAGAGAGGGCCUGUGUCCCGGCUUGACUGAAGAAGUGAUACAGGCACUGCGGACCCAAGAGAUCAGGACAGUGGAAGACCUGGUCUCAUCAGAACUUGAGGAACUUGCUCAGAAGUGCUCCAUAUCCUACAAGGCGCUGGUAGCUAUACGCCGUGUCCUCCUUACUCAGCACACUGGCUUUCCUGUCUCGGGAGCUGAUCUCUACGAGGAGCUGCUGAGCUCCAUGGCGAUCCUGUCCACAGGAAAUGAGAGUCUGGACGUGCUGCUGGACGCUGGGCUGUACACAGGGGAGGUGACAGAGCUGGCUGGGGGCCCGGGCAGUGGGAAGACACAGGUUUGCCUGGGUGUGGCAGUGAACAUAUCCUGUGUUCUGAAGCGGACUGUCCUAUAUAUUGACACGAAUGGGGGCCUGUCUGCCUCUCGCCUGCUCCAGAUGGUGCAGUCCAAGACCAGCAAUAUGGAGGAGCAGGUGGAAGCUCUGAACAGGAUCCUGGUGUGCCGGGUGUUUGAUGUCUUCUCCUUGCUGGAAACUCUCCACAGUCUGAGAAGUGGUGGAUUGGAGCAGGCUUCUGUGAGGAAUGGCCCAAUCAGAGCGGUUCUAGUGGACUCGGUGACUGCAGUCCUCUCUCACAUGCUGGGAGGCAGGCAGACGGAGGGUAUGUCUCUCAUGAUGCAGGUGGCAGGGGCACUCAGGUUGAUAGCCAAAGAUCUCAAUGUUGCCGUUCUGGUGACCAAUCACGUGACGAGAGAUGGAAACGGGGUGCUGAAAGCUGGGCUGGGGCAGUCGUGGAGCCAUGUGCCCCGCACCCGGGUGCUCCUGCAGCGUGUGGACGGGCCCCAGGCGCGGCACAGCGGACUGCGCUGGGCGACCCUGCUCAAGUCCUCACGACAGCCUUGCCAUCAGAAACAGCAGUUUGACUUGGGAUCUGGGGGACAGCCUGCAGAUUCCCAUCCUGAUCAUCUGCAGCGAAGGGAGCAGGAGGAUGUUUUUAAGCAUGACUCCUGAGGAGGGUACACUGGGAGAUGUAUUGCAAGCACUGUGCAAGCUUGUGAAGAAUGUUCUGACUGAGGUCUGGGCUUCAGGCUUCGAGUCUAAGCUUCAGGAGUGGCACAGAACCUCACACAAAAAAAAAACAACUGAUAAUGCUGUGACUUUCCUCCACCCUUGAUUGUGAACAGAAACAGGAUUUUCACCAAGAUGUUCCUUUUGGAAAUUCCUUUUCUGUGACAGUCCAACUCCUGAAGGAGAUCAUUUGUCUCUCCUUUUGUCUGUUAAUUGUUCAGGAACGCUGGAUGUGAAUCAUUUAUUUAACUGUGCUGACUGUAAGGAAAUAAAAAGGAUUAAAGUCUU